AUGUCUUGGGCUCAAUUACCUUUAGAAAUAGUGUUACAAAUCAUUGAUAUUUUGGAUGUUGAUCUUAUUCAGUUUAGACUUGUCUGUCAGACUUGGUUUAGACACACCUAUGGCUUCCUUUAUAAACAAUUCAGAGUCACAUCGAAUGUGAUUGACUUUGUGAAUGCUUUGGCUACAUUGCCCUAUCGUCCAGGCGAAUUAGUAAAGAAAAUCACUUUUUCAGAUGAAUUUGUUGAAGUCGAUUUAGAUGGUCAACUGGCUACGAUUGUCAAGUCUAUUUUUCAUUAUUGUCCUAAUCUUGAACUCAUUUAUUACUCUACGCUUGCCCGUAGUUUGAUUUGGCCUUGUAUCAUUGAAGAGGCAAAUCACAUCAAAUGCUUAAGAAAAGUCAAAUAUUUAGGAGACCAUAUCUUUCCAGAACUCUGCAAGACAGAAGAAGAAACAGAAUUGUUGUAUGUCCAUGUUAUGUAUGCACUCACAAACAGUAUCAGCUCACUUUAUCUGUUUAACGAUGAUCCUCGAAGUUUGUUUCCUGUCUAUGAAGCAUUCAAAAAGAGACUCAAGCAUUUUAAAGCAUUGGAAAUGUUACACUUGCAUGGUUGUUUCACACUUGAAGAGUUAAACACGACCAUGGAUGACUGUCAGAUCAUGACAACACUCGUUAUUUACAGUGCAAUUGAUAGUAGUUGCCUCUAUAGACCUAUGUUGGCGGGUCAUAUCAAGCCACACACUCAACUGAAAUACCUACAAGUUCAUAGCUGUAGUUUACUGGAAAUCGUAUUAGCCUGUCAUUUCAAGACAUGA